CUCAAUCUAAUCACCUUCUUGAUUGAGAGAGAGAGAUGGAGAAGAGUGGAGUCUUUUACUAUGUUCUUGUCAUUCUAGACACUUUACUCUCCUAUAUCUUCCUUAGAAGAAACAAGAGAAAGCCACAGAAAAGAGCUAAGCUCCCUCCGGGUUCAAUGGGGUGGCCUCUUGUAGGAGAGACCCUUCAACUUUACUCUCAAGACCCAACUGUCUUCUUUGCCUCCAAACAGAGAAGGUAUGGCGAAAUUUUCAAGACUCAUGUACUUGGUUGCCCUUGCGUCAUGUUAACAAGUCCUGAGGCAGCUCGGUUCGUCUUAGUCACUCAAACUCACUUAUUCAAGCCUACGUAUCCGAAAAGUAAAGAAAGCUUGAUUGGCCCAUCGGCACUGUUUUUCCACCAAGGGGACUACCAUAUUCGCAUGAGGAAGCUGGUGCAGGCCUCAUUGUCACCGGAGGCUCUUCGUAACCUAGUGGCUGAUAUUGAAGCCAUGGCCAUCUCUGCCUUGGACUCCUGGGCUGGGGGCCAUGUCAUUAACACAUUUCAUGAGAUGAAAAAGUUCUCUUUUGAAGUUGGCAUACACGCCAUACUUGGCCAUUUGGAGCCUCAUCAAAGAGAAGAUCUGAAGAAAAACUACAGCAUAGUGGAGAGAGGAUACAAUUCUUUUCCCACAAACUUACCAGGAACUCCAUACAAAAAGGCCCAAUUGGCAAGGAAGAGGCUAAGUAAGAUUUUGAGUGGGAUUAUAGGUGAGAGGAAGGAAUACAGGUCAAUAGGGAAGGACCUCUUGGAUAGUCUCUUGGACUCAAAGGACGAUAAGGGUGAAUUCCUAAAUGAAGAUCAAAUUUCAGACAACAUAAUCGGAGUUCUUUUCGCUGCUCAGGACACCACUGCCAGUGUCAUGACAUGGAUUCUCAGGUACCUCUACGAUGAUUCGAAACUUCUGGAGGCUGUAAAGGCUGAACAGAAGGCAAUUUACCAAUCAAAUAGAGAAGGGCAUCAACAAUUGACUUGGAAUCAGACAAGAAAUAUGCCAAUCACUUACAGGGUUAUACAAGAGAGCUUGAGAAUGGCAAGCAUUAUAUCUUUCAUAUUUAGAGAGGCAGUGGCUGAUGUAGAAUACAAAGGGUACCUAAUUCCAAAAGGAUGGAAAGUCAUGCCUUUAUUCAGAAAUAUUCAUCAUAAUCCAGAUUUCUUUGCUGAUCCCCAGAAAUUUGAUCCUUCGAGAUUUGAGGUUAAACCAAAGCCCUAUACUUUCAUGCCCUUUGGCAGUGGAGUACAUGCCUGCCCCGGGAACGAGCUCGCGAAGCUGGAGAUGUUCACUAUGGUCCACCACCUUGUCACUAAGUUCAGGUGGGAAGUGGUGGGAUCUCAAAGUGGAAUUCAAUAUGGCCCAUUCCCAAUUCCUCUGCUUGGACUUCCAGCCAAAUUUUGGAAAGUAUCUACUCCCUAAAAGCAGCAUGGGUCCUUCUGAAUGUGAUGACAUAAGCAUAUGCCUCCCCCCCUUCUCCCCACCAAAAACAAGGAAAAAAAUAAAAGAAAGGGUUACAUUUUUACUUAUGCUCUAACCCUUGCCCUCCAUGGUCAUCCCGGGAAUAUAUGUACAAGUGAUGCCUCCAUUUUCAUUCAAUAUUGGGUUGUUCAUUUUGUAUGAAGGAAUUUUCUCCCUCUAAGUCUCUCUCUCUCAGAUAUAGGUUCAUUCAGAACUUUGCAUUUUGAAAUGUUUCCGUUGAUGAAUUGGAUUGAAUGAGUUCUAGUUAACAAGGACAACAGACUUUUGAACAGUGAAAUAUCUGUCUUUUUUUUGGCUUUG